CUCGAGAGUGCGCAUCGAGCUUGACAGCAUAAUGCGCGCUCUCGUAUUCCCCCGGAUGCGUGUUUACUCAGUCUCCUCUCUCCACCCUUGAAAUGAGAGAGGUACGAAGUGGAAAGGACAUCGUUUUGCAAGAAUAUUUCCACCAACGGAUAGCCAGGGACGAAGCGCAGAGAGUCAAGGUGUAGCUCAAGGAUACAUUGAUUCCACGCCAAGGUCAAUUAUCUCUCUCUCUCUAAAAAAAACUUCAGACACGGAGAAAUCACGAACCUGUGAGGAUGGAGCAGGCAUACGGGGCUGGAAAGGCAGGCGGCACCUUCGAUCCAAUUACUUUCUUUCAACAACCGCAGACAAUUCUUCGAAUAGUGUCUUGGAUAUUUUCUAUCGUGAUCUUUGGAUGUAUUGCUAAUGAGGGCUAUGUGAACCGUCCAGAUGAGGUGGAGGAGUUUUGCAUCUUUAACCGCAACCAGAACGCCUGUAACUAUGCUGUGGGAAUGGGAGCUCUGGACUUUCUCUGCUGUGCUGCUUUUAUGGCACUGGACAUCUACUUUCCUCAGAUUAGCAGCGUCAAAGACCGCAAGAAGGCCGUGUUAGCUGACGUUGGUGUUUCAGCCUUCUGGUCAUUCGUGUGGUUUGUGGGCUUCUGUUUUCUGGCUAAUCAGUGGCAAGUGGCUAACCCAGAAGAUAACCCUCUCAAAGAGGGAGGAGACGCUGCCAGAGCGGCCAUCACCUUCGCCUUCUUCUCCAUAUUUACUUGGGCUGGUCAAGCUUUCUUUGGAUUCCAGAGGUACAAGUUAGGUUCGAGCUCAUCUCUCUUCUCUCAGGACUAUACUGAUCCCAGCCAGGAUCCCGCAGCAGCACCCUCUGAAGGAACGGAGUACACCGGGUACAACGCAGACGUGGAGGCUAACUAUGACGGCUCUGGUGGAUACCAGAACCAAGAUUACUAAGGUUGAGUAUUAGGAUACACACAACAGCCUUAACCAGCUAGGCUGAUCGGGUUACAUGGGGAAAAGAAUUUUUGUCUAAAAAAGGACUUAUUUUGGGGCAUUUGGGGGUGGAAUAUGGGGACCAAAGCAAACUGAUGGGAAUUCAGGGGUUUGUUUGGUGCUAUACUAACCCCUUUUGGAGUUAAUAAUGGGUCUGGAGGUAUUUCUGUUCUUCUGGUGACAGUGUAUGAUUAAUGUCUCUCAAUAUGAUAUGAUAUUUUGCCGUGACACAAGAUCUCUACACAAGAUUUUGUGCCACCAGGAAUUUUUGCCUUCAGUUUCUGGGUUAUUUUGGGCUUGGGGAUGAUUUAGGUGAUUGGUCUAUCCUGAGUAAACACUUCCAAGUGUCUGUUAGAGAAAACAGGACCGGUUUAGAACACAUUAUCAAGACUUGUGAAAAAAGAAAGCUGUAUGUUUAUUUUUACGAUAGGUAAAGGCACUAACUAGUGACCAAACCUAAUAUUUUCAAAGACCACAGUGUCUUUCUGUUGGUAAAAACUUGUAGGUCAUUCAGUAAAUUGUUCCAUGAACUCUUAACCUGCCACAAGAUAAUCUAUAUGUAGUUCUGUGCUGCCAUUUUACCAACAAAACCAUGUCCAGGAGAAAAUAACUGCAUUGUUGGCACAGAGCGUAGCAAAAAACAAUGUAAGAUCUUACAGAGAGUGAAAGUAAAAGUGAAUAUACUGGAAGGGAGUUUGAAAUUGUCGAAGAAAUUACGUUUUUUAGUAGCAUGCCAGUGGUUGCAUUAUUUUAAGGUUUCUUUACAGAACGGCAACAUUCCAUAUGUACAGUGGCCUCAAACACUAAAGUCGCACUUGAAUAGACAUGUCUGUCCUUGUUCAAAAUAUAAAACCUUGAAUUGAAUUGAGAGCUAAAUCCACUGACAAAGAGAAAACUUUUACCCUCGCACAACAUUCUGAUCUGCACAGAUUGUACUAAAAUAUUACUUCUUCGUUGUUUCACAUAAACAGUUACUAUAGAUAGACAACACUUUAUUUCUUGUGAUUAAAGAAACCUCUAAUUGAUCUGAAAAAUUAUUUUAUAAUUUCACUAAAAAUCACAUUUGGGACAGUUAGCAUUCCCACUGCCAUUUUUAAGAGCAAAUCAAAGGAGAUGAAGUGAAAGAAACUGGCUUUUAUAUCAUACAUUUUGUGACAGAACUUACUAAACACCCAAACAAUGCUCAGAUGAAUGCACUUAUUGUAUGUGUGUACUUGUAAUAGUGAAAAACUUAUAGCAGGGUUCCCAGACACUCAAAGUCGAGGAUUUUUCGCAUUUUUUUUUUUAUUAUUGAAAUAAUGGAAUAUCAGGGACUUAUGUUUGUCACUUAAAAUUGUAGCUUCCAUUUAUCAAAAUAUAGUUAAUAUCUGUAUCAUAUCAUGUUUUUAUUGUAUUGUUGCUCAAAUUUUGUCUGGUUUUAGUUACACUGUUUUUUAGUUACAAAAAGGCUACAUUUAUAGGUUUGUUUGCAAUCUAUUUCCUCAAAUGGUUUGAGUUACCUUAAAUUAUUGGGUUUUACAGUGUAACAAACAUAUUAAGUUCAGUUAGUAUGGUAUGAGUUCAGAUAAUAGAAUGAAUUAAGUCCAAACAUCUAUAUAGCUACUCAAAUGGUUUGGUAUUGCUUCUAACAUUAAACUUAAGUUUACAUUAAGUUUGAGUUCUGCUUAAUAUAAUCAGUUACCAGUUUACCAUAACUCUUUUUCAUUAAGUCAAAGUAACUUUUUUAUUUGCAACUUAAAACUAAAAUUUCAUUUAGUGAUUUUUACUGUUCACAGUGAUAGGCCAUGGAAGUUCAGCUUUUUAAUCAGUGAAUGUAAAGGAAUUUGACGUUUGACUAAGAGUGGGAACCCUGCUAUAAAAUGAGUAAAGCAGUCAAAACAGUGGCAGAGAUUUCUCCAUUUCUAGUGCCUGUUUUGAACUUCAAUAGGCAAGAUCACAGCUAUAAAAUGUUUAUUUUGACAAAGGUUUGGGGCCACUGUGCAUGUUAUUUUCAGCAUGGUAGACGUUUACAUUUUUAUAACAGUGAUUUAGACAUAAUAACCUUUAAUGAUGGUAUGUCUUUUAAUCGCGAAUGUAAACAUAUGUGGUGCAACACAGGAUUACUGACCUUGAAAAAUGUUUUUGAAGUAUGGCCAGACUAGUGCUAAGUAAAAGCAAUUAAAUUUACCAGAAAAUAACGAAUGCAAAUCCCAGCAGGCACAGGACAUCAAUGUGACGACAGAUUCACAUUGUACCAAAACGUCAUAGGACGUUGCAUUUUGCUUGAAAAUGAAAAUCGGGUUGACGUCAGAACCCAAUGUCAGGCCGACAUCAGUGUCCAACGUCAGACAGACGUUGCAUUUUGGUUACUUUCCAACGCAACCUAAAAUCAACCAAAUAUCAACAUCUAAUGAUUUUACAUCUUGACGUUGUUUGGACGUUCUCACUCCGAUGUCUAUCAGACAUUGGAUUUUGGUUGCCAUAUACUGAUGAAUAGAUGUCAUUAUUUGACGUCAAUAUGAUGUUGGCUCAACUCUGGGUUUUGGUCACUUUCCAACACAACCUAAAAUCAUCCACAUGUUGUUAUUGGAUGUCAAAAUAACAUUGUCCUUAGAGACUCGCAACCUAAAUCUAACGUAAUAUUAAUGUCUUAUGAUGUGUGUCUGCUGGGAUGUUAUCAAAAAGUCCAUAUCUCAGUUAUAUAGGAAAAGCAAACAAAUUAACUUCAUUUGAAUGGUAUUGUGUCAAAUCUUUAGGGCAGAUGAUCAUGAUUAAUCAUUAUAAUAGUGUUUAACUUGUGAAAAAAAUCUUCAUUAUUUAUGUAACAAGUCUUUUGUAGCACCCUUAAUAUAGUUUUAUCAGGCCAUCUUUUGCUAUAAUUUUAUUUUUUGAUCAUAGUUAAUAAUCCUUGCACUGGAACAGCAGGGUUAUAUGUUACAGAUAAAUACAUUUUUAUUUUAAAUGAAGUUUUGGAAAACAAAAUAAGUUCUUAAUUAUGUACCUGAAUAUAUAUAUAUAUAAAACCAGCAUAUUUUUAUUUAAUGACAAAGAUGUAAUAUAAUACAUAAAUAUCUUUAUAAAUUUAUUACCUAAACAACUGUCGAAAAUAAUCAUAUUAAUUGUGUACUUUGCAUUUGACGGUGUCGUAGAAUAAUGUUUAUCCUUUCUCUGUUUAGGAAGUGACAUUGUUUUCUGAAUCAGGAAACUUUUUUUUGUUUAUUUAUUUCUUGUUGAAACUUCUAAAAAAAGGAAAGCUACAAUACAAUCAGCAUAUUAUGUAGGUGAUGUAUCAGAUGUGUUAUUAUAUAAUGUAUAUGUGCAGUUAUGGAGAUACUGGGAUUCAAAAUAGUGUAAAUUCUCUUGAUGUGGUGAGUGUCCAUUAACUGAAUCACUAGGUUAAUAUGGCUGUGUAUUUUGUCCUGUCUUGUAUGUUGCUUGUCUGAUAUAGAUGACAAUAAAAGACAUUGACUGAUGGA